AUGGCCGUUCCGAACACUUCACGACCCGUAUCUUGGUCGGAUACAACAGCAGCAUCAACGAGACCGCCAAGCCCCGUUAACGUCGAAAAGCUUCCGGAGAGAAGUCGUCAGUCGUCAACGGGGGUAGACUCCAGGCCAGAUUCCGAUCCAGAGAAAGGACCUCAGCCGGAGCCAAAUCAAGACGCAACACCAAUCGCUGCUGAUGCUUCAUCGCAAGAUCGCCCUGCAGCUCUCGACUGGGACGGCCCCGACGAUCCUCUCAACCCUCACAACUGGAGCGUGGUGUGGAAGUGGUAUCAGACAUACACGAUCUCAGGUAUUGCAUUCGUGGGGACAUUCGCAUCAUCUAUCUUCACACCUGCUAUCGAACAAGCAGCGUCAGAAUUAGGCUCCAUUCAACUCAUCGCGACCUUUGCGUACUCCAUAUAUGCCUUGGGACUAGCUUUCGGUGGACCGUUUGCAGCACCUCUAAGCGAGACUUUUGGGCGACGGCCUCUCAUCUUCAUCAGCUUGCCCAUUUUUGCGCUCUUCAUCUUGGGUACUGGUUUCGCGCAAAGCAUGGCGGGUCUGGUGGUAUUGCGGUUCUGGGCUGGAUUCUUCGCUGCCCCCAGUCUGAGUAUGGGAGCAGGUACGCUGAGCGACAUUUGGCCGCCGGAGAAGCGAUCUGGUCCCAUGUCACUGUAUGUCGCAACACCGUUCUUUGGCCCAGCUUUAGGACCGAUCCUAGGUGCUGUAGUGACCCAGACACGUGGCUGGCGCUGGACGUCGUGGUUGAUACUCUUCUUCACCAUCGUUCUUGUCAUUGCGCCAGCGCCAUUCUUCCGCGAGUCGUAUAAACCAUUCCUCCUACGUCAGCGCGCAAAGAAACGCAAUCUUCCGCUACCGCGAUCGCCAACCGAAGGCAUGUCAUUACCGAAGGUCGUCAGUACAUACGCCUCCAAAACCCUCACUCGGCCAAUACACAUGCUUCUCACCGAGCCGAUCGUCGCAACCUUUAACACGUACAGCGCGUUUAAUUUUGGCUUGCUGUACGCCUUCUUCGCUGCUUUUCCAUACGUCUUCGAAACAGAGUAUGGCUUCGACAGCGUUUCUACAGGUCUCACCUUUCUGGGUUUGGGUGUCGGCGUCAUCAUCGCUACCAUUUGUAUUGUGUCGUUCAGCAAGCUUUACUACCUGCCUCGUGUGCGGAAAGCGAUCGUAGAGAAGAUGCCGGCUCCGGCUUUUGCGAUAUCACGCCUGGCACCUGAGAAGCGACUGCCACUUGCAUUCGCUGGCGGUCCUAUUCUCACUAUCGGCCUGUUCCUCUUUGGCUGGUCCGCAGCCUACCGCGUACAUUGGAUCGUGCCGACGAUUGCUGAAGCCUUCUUUGGAAUGGGCAACAUGCUUAUUUUCAUGGCAUGCAUGAUGUACAUUACCGACACAUACGGGCCACUAUACAGCGCCAGUGCUAUGGCCUCGAACGCCAUACUGCGAUAUGUACUGGGUGGAACUUUCCCCCUCUUUGCAGUCCAGAUGUUUCGGAGACUGGGUCCGCAGUGGGCUUGUACGUUGUUGGGGUGUUUGAGCAUUCUCGGUGCGUGUAUACCGUUUGUGUUGGCGAAGUAUGGUGAGACAUUGAGGAGUAGGAGUGGGUACAAAAGAAGCGGGUAG